CUUAAAUAUUGUUUUUUUUAAAUAGCGUUUAUCACAGUGGAUUAAAAAAAUUGUUUGACUGUUCGAAAAACAUCGAUUACUUCAAAAUCAAAUCAAAAUAUCUCCCAAACGGUUCCGCGUAGCUACUUUAGCUAAUAUCAGCAUUAUUCACGUAAAAAAUGACGUCAAGUAGGUUGACACAGCACUUCCUACGCAACCCUAUUAUCAGUUCAUAAAGGAUUAGGUUCGGCACAAGUUGGCCCCUCUGAGAAAAAAGUUAGUUACGAACAUGUAUAACACAAAAACUAAACGGAUCAAGCUAGGUAAACAUACUCAUACGAUUAAAAUUUUCAUAUCUACCAUGUUUCGCAGUUACGCUUUCACACAAAACUUAUCUCAUGUGGAUGUAUGGCCCUCCCCCUUCCAGAGAGAAAAGAUUUCCAGUCGAGCAGCGGAUGCCGACUGCUACACACGUGUAGUGCCAGUGGUGUAGGAGUACAAUUAGUAUAAAAUGGUGGUACAAGCAUGCUGGAAAAGUUAAGGCGGUGCAAAACAGAAAAAUAAGGCAUCUGUAGCGCCCUCUAAAUGUAAAAGCGAAACUAACAUCACAUUUUAAUUUUUUAUCAUGUUAGAAAGGUGUCAAGUAGCAAUUUGCAUCCUAAUGCAACAUUAUUUCAAAAAUUAUUCAGUAAAAAACAAUGAUCAUAAAUAUAAUACCUUAUGUAUGUAUAUCCAAAACGCACUGCGGAUCAAUGCUUAAUGAAUUUUUUGUCUUAACACACCUAAGGAAUCGGCUUGUGAUGUGUUGGACACAUAUGAAGAAACAGCCUGUAUAUUUUAGGUAAUUAACUCAUAGUAGAAACCUUGGCGUGGGCUUCAUGGCUUGUGUCUUCAAAAACUAUUCCUUAAUCGAUAGUUUUUGUAAGACAAAUAUAGUGUUAUGUGAAGUGCCGAAGAUAAGUUGCAUUAAAAACAGAUAAUAUUGCUGAAAAGAAAUGGUGACAUCCGGUAUGACAUUCGCCGUGCAUUAUGGAUGUACGACCGCCUCUUCGAGGUCACGCUACCACCAGGGGGACCUUAUCAACGAUUUCGGUGGCCUUCAUAUCGUUGACAGGCAAAACAGAGAUCAACCCGUCAUAUACGUGGCUGUGGCUACUUGGAUACCUAGCUGUAAUAUGUACCAGUUGCAGAACCAUAGCGAUGAUGAAGAUAUCGAUAAGACUGUCUUAAGGGGAACUAACAGAACAAAACAAAUAUUUGAGCCUGGCGGAGAGCCAGAGACCAAAGAUCAAGAGGAAAAAGACUUUAACCAGACCACAUCAGAAGUGGAAGUUGAAGAAAAUAAUAGCGACAUGAAUACUUCACGAACUGAUGUUGAGAGUGAUUCUGCGAACAAAGCAGAGCCUAGCAAAGAGGGAUCUACAAUAGAGAAGACUAAAGAAAAUCUUUCUGUCACUCCCAAAAGGGUGUUGAGUCCAAAACAGUUAAAGAGGAGGCAGGAAUCUGAAAAGAAGCGUUUGGAAAAACAGAAAGAGAGGGAAGAGAAAGAGAGGACAAAGAACGAGGAAAGAGAACGGACCAAACAAGAAAAACUGAAAAUGGUUGAAGAAAGACAAAAAGAGAAAGAGAUGAAGAUGGAACAGAAAAAGAAGGAAAAGGAAGAAAAAGAAGAGCAGAAGCGGAGAGAAAAGGAGGAAAAAGAGAAAAUGAGAAAAGAUAAAGAAGAGCGAGAAGAACAGAAACGCAAAGAACGUGAGCAAGAGAAGUUGAAAAAACAACAGGAAAUUGACGAGAAAAACAAAGAGAAACAAAAAGAGGAAGAAAAGAAACAAAAAGCAGCUAUGGCGUUUGUAAAAUUUUUCGUGCCUAUCAAAAGGGAUUGUCCCACAGAUGAAGCGAAUAAAUUAAACGACCGACAAGCAUUUAAAACCUUUGAAGUCAAGUCUGACAUGAAGCUAGCCCCUCUCAGGCGGAACCGUUUAACUGAAGAGGGCUUGAAGUUAUUAGAUAAGUAUGUAUUUGAACAGGAUGCAAAUGUGUCUUACUUGGUAGAACUUAAGCAAGGCAAAUCGAUAGGUAAGUCGCGUAAAACGUGGCCAUGUGAAGACACUGUGGAUGAUGACGUGAUUUGCAUAGAAACUGAUUCCGAUGUAGGAGAGACAGUCGACGAAGAUAAAAAGCAGAAGUUCCGUGCUAAAUUUUUGAAAUUCCACGAGAACCGUCGUCCGCCUUACUUUGGCACCUGGAGAAAGCGCAGCAAAUAUAUUAAACCUAGAAAGCCGCUUGUUGAAGAUCCUGAUUUAAUCAGUUAUGAAGAAGACUCUGAUGAUGACUGGGAAGAAGAAGAACAGGGUGAGUCGUUGAACGGAUCUGAUGAUGAAGCUGACAAGGAGAAUGAAGACGAAAAAGAUGAUUACGAGAUAGAUAAUGAUUUCUUCGUGCCUCAUGGACACCUUAGCGAGGAUGAAAUCGAUGAUGAAGAAGAAGCAAGGCUAGCACCAGAGUUAAUGAAACAGAAACUGAAGCUGCUUAAGGACGAGUUUGAGCAGGACAUGCAGUCAAAAACACACAAAUUAAAACCCAGAUACAUUGGGUGUGUUUGGUACAAUAAAGACGGUAGUAAUGUCGACGAAGCAAUCGAUAGGUAUCUCAAACCUCUAGCAAUGAUGACGGAAGGUCAAAUAAUUAUCAAAGCAAGGCAUACAAUAGUAACAUCAAGUAAAGAAACCCCGGCUAAGAUGUUAGAUGUUAAAUACAUUCCUAUCUUCAUGAAAAUUGUACACGGUAACACAAAUAAACAAAGGGUAUUGAUAGAAGAGUUCAUGACCCACAUGGCAAAUACUGGAUAUACACUAGAGAUGACUAAGAAGGACAUUAAGAAGAAUUUGAAAAGUAUGGCUAAGUGGACAAAAUGCAAGAACAGAUACUGUUGGUUAAUCAAUGAAGAAUAUAAAGAAAAGUAUGGUGUUGAUCUGAAGGAGCCUGCUUUGAACUAAUACGUGUUUUACUUUAUAUGGAUAGUAUUGUGCCUUAGAUCGUUAGCGUUUAUUUGUACGAUGAAGAUUAAAGUGGUCAAUUUUUUAUGACUUUUUCUUUUAUUUUCAGGCAUCUUCCAUCUAACCAGGUCAGAAAAACCAAUUUAUUCAAUAUUAGAAUUCGGAAUAAAUAUGCAUAAAGCUGUAC